AUGUCUACAGAUAAAGGUUUCCUGCUAAAACACCUGCCGCAAGUACUGUCCGUAUUAUAAAAACACUCGUGACUGUAAUGCGAAAUAAUUCUGUAUUUGUCUAUACCUUCUUUAAUUGAAUAGAUGCCUACGGCGACUACAAGUACACGGUUGUUUGGUACUCUGCAGUUGACUAAUUACACCACGUACAGAUUUAUUAGGGAAGUCUUAUUUUGGAUUUUUUUUUUAAAUCACCAACCGCAGUGUUUUAGGUUAAUUCAAAAUCGAAAUAAAGCGCAAAGAAAAAUGUUUAAGAAAAUAAAAGUGAGUUUCAUCCUGAGGAGAAUAUUAACAUGGGGACAAUUAUUAGGCAACAGUUAGUGUGUACAGUACAAUUAUGACCCAAGUGAAUGAAAAAUAUUUUCCCAUCUGUUUUCUAUUUUCAUACAGUUCAGUGAGAGUUAUAAAUAAACCACUCCAAAUUGUCCCGACCAAAAUGGAUAGAAACUGAUAUACUGUACUUGGCCAGUAAACCUGAUUCUGAUAUUGUUGAUGUUAGAUAUUUCAGGGGUGCUGUAUCCCUUUGAGAAACUUUUAAUUAUUUUUUACUUUUCAGUUGGUAAAAUCCAUUUUUAGACCAAUUUUCUCAAAAGAAGAAACGCUGGACACAGUAUAGACACCCGUAGAUGCUGCACAAGGAAAUUCAGUAGCCUGCAUGGUACCCACUGUAAUUGAAUAAAUAAACACCCAUGGUCAAUACAUGAGAAAAUACAACAGCCCGGUACUCUCUGUAUUUGAGUUAGGUCAGAAAAUAAGAAUAUACAGUUACCUGGAACAAAUAAACACUUCUACACACUAAACGUGGCAAUACAGUAGCCUGGAACACUCUGUACUCCAGUAAAUAAACACCCCUGCAUAAUACAACAUUUUUCAAGCCACUUAGCUUGAUAGUAUCUGUAGUUUAAUGUGGCCACAUAUGAGGAAUUUCAAAACUAAGCCCGGUACUCUCUGUAGUUCAGUGCGGCUAAGAAAUGAGAAAAUACUGUAUAGUGGUACCCUCUGUAGUUGAGUGCAGCCACUGAGUGAGGAAAAACAGUAGGAUGGGAUCCUCUGUACUUGAGCGUGGCUGCUAGGAGGAAAUACAGGAACCUAGCACCCUUUGAUAACAAAUACAGGGAACCAUAGGGGGCAGGUAUACCUUCUGGAGAGUGUACCCGAGAAACGAGGAAAUACAGUGGCCAGUUGGACUCUAUAGUGGCGUGUAACCAUAUUUGAGAUAACACAUAAACCUGCCACCUUUUGUAGUUAGUUCUAUGUGGUUGGAAAUACAGUGGGCAGGUAGUCUCUUUAGUUGAGUGUGUCAUCUAAACGAGGAAAUAUAGUAACCUGGGAUUUUCUGGAGUUGAUUAAAUAAACACCCAUGGAAAAGAUCAGAAAUACGUUUACGUAUAGCCGAAAACCCUCGAUAGUUGAGUAAGGAAUUUUCUGUAGUUGAGUAAAUACAACGAGCCAGGCUGACUGCGGUGCGUUCAGCGCUCGUGCGGAUUUUCCAGCGUCUUCCACAUUGUCUGUUUUCGUGCUACGUGUGCGGCGUUCAAGAGCAUCGUAAACGGUACAUUAGUGAUCAGGAAAGCAGAGAUUGGGCUCCGCCUUCCCCAGCAUCCAUUAAAGCAUCCACGGUCGCGGUGGCAUCGCCGCAUCCAUCCCGUGUGGCUGCUCGUCAGCGGGGAUGAUGACAACAGCGACGACGACGACGAUGAUGAUGAUGAUGAUGAUGGGUUGGUGUGGUGGCGAACCGACGCUGGAGGACAUCUUCUUCUGCCCAGCGCCGCCGACGUCGUACUGUUUUCGGGUGACAGCGGAAGGAGACAAAUAAAUAGCAUUGCUCGCUCUUUAGCCAGCUAAGGCUAAGGCAAUCCCUUUAGCUUAGCUGCUGACUGUCGGUACUUUUCUCCCCCAUACCCCCGCCAUGUGGAGACAUGCUGGCGGAGAAGAGGACAUUUAAAAACCCGAGCUCUCGAUUAGCCUCACAGCUAAGCUAGUUAGUGAGUAGUUUCUUUUUUUUUUUUUUUUUUUUUGCCUCCCUCUCCCUUUCUUUCUGCCGAUGAGGAUGCUAAGCGAGGGGAGCGACUGAGUGGCCGAGUGAAGGUGCGCCUCAACACCCUCAUGAAGGUCAUGACAGCGAGAGAAUGAUCAUGCUGGAAAAACAGAGCUCGACGCAGGAGAUUGGCGAGGAGGUUGAGGACGACGCCAUCUUCACUAUCACGCUGCGUAAGGUGCAGCUGCACCACUCAUCCAGCAAGGGACAGCGUUGGCUGGGUGUGGAGACGGACGCCGCCCUCAGCCUGUACGAGACUUGCAAGGUGCGAACCAUCAAGGCGGGGACCCUCGAGAGGCUGGUCGAAUACAUGGUCACGGCCUUUAGAGGAAAAGACUCCACCUACGUCACCAUCUUCCUGUGCACUUAUCGAUCCUUUGCCACCACCAAGCAGGUGCUGGACCUGCUGCUCAACAGGUACGCCAGGCUCCAGAAUGUUCCGGCAGUGGCAGCGCAUCGCGUCUGCCAGGAUGACUGCACCGAGCUCAGAAACACGGUAUCGUCCAUUUUGGGUGCAUGGCUGGACCAGUACUCUGAGGACUUCUGGACUCCUCCGGGGUACGACUGCCUCCACCAGCUUUUGUCUUACCUCCACCUUCACUUCCCCGGUUCUGACCUAGAACGUCGCGCCCGCAACCUGCUGGCGCAUUUCCACAGACGGCAGCAGUGUGAACCCGAGACAGAUGGCGAACACUUGGGCUGCCCUUUUGCCACGCAGGAGGAGAGUGGCUUCGAGGACGAGCUGCCCACCUUCAGCUUCCUGUCCUUUGACCCCAUCAUGGUGGCCGAGCAGUUCACACUUAUGGAUGCGGACUUGUUCAAGAAGGUGGUCCCAUACCACUGCCUGGGGGGCAUCUGGUCCCAGCGUGACAAGAAGGGCAAAGAGCACCUGGCGCCCACCAUCCGCGCCACGGUAGCCCAGUUCAACUCGGUCACCAAUUGCGUGAUCAGUACCACCCUCAGCAACACGGCGCUCAAACCCAACCAGAGAGCCAGGCUGCUGGAGAGGUGGAUCGACGUGGCCCGGGAGUGUCGUAUCCUGAAGAACUUCUCAUCCUUGCGAGCCAUCCUCUCUGCCCUACAGUGCAACGCCGUGCACCGCCUGAAGAGAACCUGGGAGGAAGUAUCUCGGGAGAGUUUCCGCACCUUCCGCGAGCUUUCCGAGAUCUUCUCAGACGACAACAACUACUCGCUCAGCCGGGAACUACUAGUGAAGGAGGGAACGUCCAAGUUCGCAACACUGGAGAUGAAUCCCAAAAGAGCUCAGAGGAGACACCAGCAGCAGAGAGACCUGGGAGUGAUGCAGGGUACUAUUCCCUACUUGGGCACCUUCCUGACGGACCUGGUUAUGAUGGACACAGCCAUGAAGGACUACACAGAGGGUGGUCUGAUCAACUUUGAAAAGAGAAGAAAGGAGUUUGAGGUGAUUGCACAGAUCAAACUGUUGCAGCUGGCGUCCAACAACUACAGCUUCACUCAGGAUGCACACUUCCGCGAGUGGUUUGCUUCCACCGAGAAGCUUAGCGAGGCAGAGAGCUACCAGCUGUCGUGCGACAUUGAGCCACUCUCAGAGUCGGCCAGCAACACGCUGCGAGCCAAGAAGAACGGCGGGAUCAUGAAGAGAUGGAGCGAUCGUCAGUUGGCAGAGGGUACCUCCGGUUGCUCAGCGGCCGGAAGUGGUGGCGCAGUGGGUUCGCAUUCCAAAUCCUUUGACCAUGCCCACUUCCGACCGUACCAAAGCGGCGGAGGAGACAGCGGCGACGCCCUCAGCGUCACCUCUGUCAGCUCCAGCGGCUCCGACUUGGAGGACGUCAACGCCAGCUUCCUCUCGGACUCACCCGAGGGACACGAGAGGAAGACAUCGACGCCUUCAGUGAAACUUUCUGUUUCGGCGCUGGGGAGAGACGCUCUGGCUGCAGACACAACCUCUACGUUCUGGGAGUGCACGUCACUGUCAUCUCUGGACACGUCCGGCAUGGGCUCCAGCUCGGGCUCAGCGUCGGGCUCCAGCACGGCGUCGUCAUCGUCUGUGUCGUCUUCCGCAGCGCUCUCGCUGUCCCUGUCGGCGUCGCGCUCGCACAAGCGCUCAGUGUCGGCCGUGUCCAACUACUCAACGCUGUCGCUUCCCCUCUACAACCAGCAGGUGGACGACUGCUGCAUCAUACGCGUCAGCCUCGACGUUGAGAACGGAAACAUGUACAAGAGCAUCCUGGUGACAAGUCAGGACAAGACACCCGCCGUCAUCCGCAAGGCGAUGAUUAAACACAAUCUGGAGCGGGAGAAGACCGAAGACUACGAGCUAGUGCAGAAGAUCGCAGAAGACAAAGAGCUUCGCAUCCCCGACAACGCCAACGUCUUCUACGCCAUGAACUCCAGUGCCAACUACGACUUUGUGCUGAAGAAGCGCGGGCCGGUGCGGCCCGUGCGUGCCAAGGCGGUGGCCAGCUCCACACUGCCCCGUAUGAAGCAGAAAGGACUGAAGAUAGCCAAAGGGAUUUUCUGAGGGCGGGAGAGCAGGCAAGACUGGAAAUAAAGAGAGAGCGCCACUUGGAGCACCUUAGCACUUCGUUUGGCUUCGGGAAGCCAUUUUUGGGCCAAGUCACCUACUUGUUUACAUCAGACAACCAGGAUAGCGGUCGCACUUUGGAAUUUUACACCAUCCUGGCCGAUAGUGUUAGCAUAUGGUCACACAGACAUCCCUUGGGCAAGGUCUGGAAGUUCUGGAUGGAUUUUUUUUACAGUAUCCUGAUUAUGGUCUGGAUGCCUCUCCUGUUGAUACAUGCUCAAACAGACUUUGUCCCAUGGGUGGGCUCUGGGUGUUCCUAAAGGUCAUUGUCUUGACACAUGAUCAAAACAGACGUCAUUCCGUGGGCAUGAUCCAGAAGUCCCGGAUGGAUUAUUUUUUAAGCAGCAUCCUGGGGAUGUUCUGGAUGCCCAUUGUUUUAUCACAAGGUCACACAUUGUCCCGUGGGUAGGAUCGGGUUGUUUCUGGUGCCCACAGUGUUGACACAUCGUCGAACAGACCUUGUCCCAUGGGUAGGAUCCGAAUGUUCUGGAUACCCAGUUUUGACACUUGGUCAGACAGUCGAUUGACUCAAGUGACACUUGAUUGGAUGGGCCAACAACAUGUAUAUAAGUCAGCUGUGCUGUGUGUAUUUUUUUUGCCCUUUAUAUAAUUUUGUGUUGUUGUAGUUUUUGUUUUCUGCUUUGAUGAUGGUGCUGCUGAUGAUCUUUUAUUCAAGAGGUCCCAUGAUUUCAUUCACCGCCAUGUUUGGAAACUGAACAAUUUAAUGACCACUUUGAGGGUUUAUGACCGGGUAUUUUUGACCACUAGUUGAUUUCAGCCGUCACUUAUACUUAUGAUCAUGCUUUUUUUUGGGGGGGGGGUGGCUUACCGACGACUUUGCACUUAAUUUAUGAAGAAUCGCUCAGUGCUCAGCAUAAAUGACCUCAGCUUUUCAUCCAUUUUUUUUCAUCAACAUUGUGAUAAUGUUCACAAUUUUGAUGACGAUCACAUUCAACAAAGUAUUAGAGCCAUACUGGAAAAACAAAACGUAAUAAUACGGUACUAUAAAAAUGAAGUUGGAAAACAGUUGAGCGUGUAUCUACAUAUUUAAUGUUGAAAAAAUGGCUUUAAUCUCAUAAGAUUGUUUUCAUGAAAAAAUAUUACUUUAAUAAGUCUCGUAAAAAUAUGCCUUAUAAGAAUAUGACUUUAUUCUCAAAAACAUUUUUUUUUUUGCUUGAGUUGACAGUUUUUUUUCUUGACAGUUUUUUUGCUAUGGUAAUUUUUUUUCAAAACAUUCUUUACUGUCGGGUUUUGACUACCACCCCCCCCCCUCCCAAAAAAGACUUUUUUUGUCUUAAAAUUAAGACUUAAUUCUUGACAAUGUUUUCUCCCAGUUUUUUGUCCUCAAAAAUUAUAUUAAAGUGAAACCUUUUAUUUUCCUGGAAAAAAAAUGCCUUUUACCUGUUGAGACGAAUUCGUUUCUGCUGAGCACUGUAUGUAAAGGUUUACUUUUCAAAAUUAUGGAAGUGUAAUAUUGGGAUAGGAUGUGGAAGGAAGCACUGGAGGAAGUGAUGCGGUUGAGGAUUUCCAACUUCUCACAAAGGAAACUAUUGGAAUGGACCUGAGGCUAAUGCUGGCUGUAAAGCAUGAUGGGAAGUAUAGGAAACGCACUUGUGGAGAGAAAAUGGCCUGACCACCACAAGGUUGUCACUGCCACAAAACUAAAUGUUUGCCUGAUGCCACUGCCACCAUUUUUUGCCUUUUUUCCCCGUUUGUUUGUUUCAUUUUGCUUUUAUUCUGGACAUGCAAAAAGUUCAAAUGAUGAUGGAGUCACUGGGGGCUUCAUGUCGAGCACUGUGAACAACAACAAAAAGUCCUAGUGGAUGCAGUGAGCAAGGACAAGUUGCCAAACAAGUGAUUUGCCUUUUAAGAUGGGGACAAACCUUUGGAUUUUUUUUUUUUCAUUUUGUUUCAAACUCUUGAACAAAAAGUUGUGAAUUGACAUGCCGAUGUAUUACUUCAUCCUGAACAAACUGCUUUCAACCUUUUCCAACUCUCCAGCACUGAGAAGCUUGGCCUCCUUUGACUCUUUGCAGCAACCACAUCAACACUUGACUUUAUAUGCCACACGUUACUUUAAGGGUCACAACACUUGACUUGACCAGCACUUCACGUUUUACAUGACAUCACUUGGUCGGUCACACUUGGAAACGACGCUUGACAUGACGGCUUUACAGAUUACUUAUCGCUUGACGUGUUACAACUGAGACAACUUUCUAUAACACUUAAUAUGCCACUUGACAUUACACUUUACAUGUUACAUCACAUCAUAUGUAACACUGUGAUGUCACAAGUUUAACACUUGACCCUUGUACUACAAGUUACGCCACUUACCAUGUCAAUCACUUGACGUGUUUCUUAUGUUACAUGUGCUCAUGAUGUUAUUUUUGACAUGCCACUCAACACGUUUAGCACUUAAUGUGCGAUCUGACUGCCUUCUGACACAAUGUCACUUGACAUUACAGUUCACAUCACGUCAAGUGUCACUUAACAUGAUUUUUCUACUGUUUAGAAAGUUGCGAUCGAACAAACUUGUCAUGGUUUUAUUAAUUUUUGACUUUUCUACAUUUUUUUUUUUUUUCCACUUUUGGGCAAACCGCUGCCAUUUUUUUCACAUGUGCUCCAGGAUGUAGCACAUCUGCUUUUAGCCGCACUGCAGGAAUUCCAUGCUUUCCCUUUAGAGUCCUCCUUCAAUUCCAGUAUGUGAAUGCGUCAUGUAUGUUGAGUCCGUUACCGGAAUAGAAAAGGCAAAUUCUGUAAUUCUCUGUGCAGCUGGCGUCUCUGUGGUGAUGAGGUGUGUGUGUGCGCGUGUUUGUGGGUGCGUUGACAUGACUUUCCUCUGUUGCUUUGAGUGUGUUUUUGUUUUGUGUUAUUGUUGCCCUCCGCUGUGUUUGGAUGCUAUUAUUUCCACCAUUUGAAUCGAAGACUGACAACCUUUUUCUAAGUGUCUUUACUACUUCCUCCUCCCAGAAAUCCACACACAAAAAAAGAUGUAGAAUACAUAAAGUGCCCCGGCUGUUUAUUUAUUAAUUUGUAUAUACAGCUUUUUUUGCAUUGUACAUUCCCUCCUCUCUCGGUUAUAGAUUAAUAUAUUAAUGUAUAUAUGAA